CUCUUACGCAUAAUUCCGAGAUCCAGAAAGGACAUCAGACUUCUUCACAAAAUGCUCAGCUGGUUUAAAGGUGAGGAGAAACCCAAGCCGGACCCGAAGAAAUUUCACAAACCAGACUUCUAUCACGGAUCGGACGGUCCUGAAUUUAGGAUAAUCGAAUCAUUCGAAGGUUACGAAGUUAGGCAAUACGCAAGAUCACAAUGGGUUUCCACCAAGGCAGACCCCGGUGAGAUCAUGUCUGCAUUCUGGAGGCUUUACGGCUACAUCAACGGCAAGAAUGACCAGUCCAAGAAAAUGUCCAUGAAUCUACCGGUACGAGUUCACAUAACACUGAACGAAAACGACACGGAUGGAUCAAACGUCAAAUCAUGCAUAAUGAGUUUCUAUAUCUCUAGCGAGUUCCUUCCAGAAAUUCCUAAGCCUAAUGACCAAGCAGUGUUUAUUGAAGAAGAUAAGAGUAAAGUUGUAUAUGUGUGCCAUUUUCCUGGAUUUGCUAAGGAAAAGGAUUGGAAAGAUACCAGGAAAAGUCUGCGGCAGGCCCUGGAUAAAGACUGUAAACGUUACGCAACAUUUGAGUAUUACUCCAUGGGAUACGACCCUCCGUAUAAAUUAUGGGGCCGACGCAAUGAAAUGGUACUUGUCGCUAGCCCACAACCGGAUCUAAUGGACAUCGUAGACGAAGACGAAAAAGUUAACGAAGUUUUUCAAAAAGGUCCAGCCACGUCGUGUUUUCAUUCGCUUUCCCGUCGCCAUUCCUCGCUGCAAGUUCGAAGAAUCGACGGCAAAAUGUUUAGCUGGUUUAAAGGAGAAGAAAAACCUAAAAUAGACCCGACGGAAUUCCACCAGCCAGAAAGCUACAAGGGGGGCGAGGGGCCUAUGUUCAAAGUCAUGAAGGAUGAAAGCACCGAAGACUACGAAACACGCAUUUACAAGCAAACUAACUGGGUUUCUAGCCGAAUGGAGACCUCAAAUUAUGACGAUGCGGGUAGCAAAUUAUUCUGGAAAUUGUUUGGUUACAUCGGAGGCAAGAACGAAAAGAAAACAAAGAUUGCGAUGACUACCCCGGUUCGCAGCAAAGUCGAAAUUGGGGAAGACAACGAUAUAAAAUCCAUGACGAUGUCUUUCUUCACCUCUCCUUCCCAGCUUCCAAAUCCACCAGCAGCGGACGACGAGACUGUGUUCCACGAAGAAAACCCAGAAAUGAAAGUCUAUGCUACUAGCUUUGGGGGUUUCGCUAAAGCUAAAGACUGGAGAGAGAAUUUUGAGAAGUUGAAGACGGCUCUGGAGCAGGACGGGAAGGGAUUUGUUAAGGGCUACUACUAUACUGCGGGUUACGAUCCUCCCUUCAGGCUUUGGGGCAGAGUCAAUGAGAUAAUGUUGGUUGCAGCCAGUGAUGAAUGACAUUGCGAACUAAAUGGGCUGCAUAGGUAGCUAGCUGGGUGAAUAAAAGAGUCAAAGCUUCCUUUAGCGUGAUUACGUAAUUGGACGGGGGGGGGGGGGGGGCAGUCUAGGUUUAGAAUGGAGUCAUCAUUCUUCCUUGCAAUCAUUUCUUAUUUUAUAUUUUGAGGAAAAAAAUAAUAUGGGGAGGGAGAGUUAGGCCACACUUGAUCCGCCUCAAUAGUAUGCAGUUAAUUAAUUUCAACAUUUUCAAGUAAGAAAACCCUUUAAAUCAGGAAUAAACAUGUUUCAUCUGUGAAAUUCAUUGCAAUAUAAUGUGAUCCCUAAUAAAUUCCUCAAUGGGG